AUGACUUUAGCUCUGGACCCUAUGUUCAGGAGCGCCUAUCGUAUUAUUGUCAAAGUGUUCCCUCUCGCUUUUUUAAUUGAGGUUGACAGCACUGGUGGUGUUCCAGUGAUCAACUUCGCAAAUGCGGGCAAUAACUGCACAACAUUCAACGGCACUGAACUUCUUGAUUGCCCUCAGAUACAGGAGGAUAUCAAGACCUGUCAAAGCCUGGGGAAGACAAUACUUCUCUCAUUCGGUGGUGCUACCUAUACUGGGGGCGGAUUUAGCAGUGAAGCCGCAGCCGAGGCUGGUGCAGAGCUUUUAUGGAAUACCUUUGGACCUGUGCCAACAACAAACACCUCGGAGGUGCUUCGCCCGUUCGGUGAUGCCGUUAUCGACGGCUUUGAUCUCGAUUUUGAAUCGACUGUGAGCAACACGCCUGCAUUCGCUAACAAGCUUCGUGAAUACUAUGCGGAAGACACCUCAAAGCAGUAUUACCUGACUGCUGCCCCACAAUGCGUCUAUCCAGAUGCUGCAGACAAUUCUAUGCUUGACGGGACCGUCUACUUUGAUGCUGUCUGGGUGCAAUUCUACAAUAACUAUUGUGGAUUGCAAAGCUUUACUCCCAAUACGUCUAUGCAGGACAACUUUAACUUUGACAGAUGGGAUGCGUGGGCACAUCAAACUUCCAAGAAUCCCAACGUGAGGAUCUAUCUCGGCGUACCUGCUAGUGCAAACGCAGCAGGAAGUGGAUAUGAACCAGUAUCUGAUCUGACACCUAUAAUCGACUAUUGCGCAACAUUUACCAGCUUUGGUGGCGUCAUGAUGUGGGAUGCCAGCGAGGCAUAUUCCAAUCCUGGCUUUAUCUCCGGCGUUGCCUCCGCCCUGGCGGGCGAGCCAUCAGCCACGCGUGUGUUCCCUACCAUCCCACCCACGGUGACACCAGUUCCCUCAGGGGGCCAAGUGAGUCUUCCAAGGUUCGACUGCUCCAUGUUCUGA